AGAAUAUGACUGUGUGAGGGGCUAAAAUAAAAAUUGCAUCGUGUAUUCCUCCUCUGCUUCGUGCUCAUUAAGAAAGAAUAUGACGAGCUCGGCCGCCGCCCAUGGUGAUGAAAACCUCGAUCAGGCCCUGAAUCGCCUCCCAUGUCGGCGCUGUUCAAUUUCCACUCGUUCCUGACGGUGGUGCUGCUGGUGAUCUGCACCUGCACCUACAUCAAGAUGCAGUUCCCUGCCAUCCUCGAGAGGAAGACCGGGUUUCGUGGCUUCUUCUGGAAGGCAGCUAGAAUAGACACUGUAGGAACUUGCUGAAGUUUGUGUAUUCAUCUGACAACCAUCUCAAUUUUAAUCAGGUGAACGCCUAAGCCCCUGGGUAGCCUUUGGAUGCUUUGCAAUGGGUAUUUCUAUAAUUAUUUUCUGAAGAAUUGGAGGUGGAUUUGAUAUUUCAGUAUCUUGUGAAACCUUAAGCUGGCAUCAGUUUCUUUUACAUGUGUAAUAUACCAUUCGCUUGCAGUGUUGGAUGAUAUAUUUUUUGUCCAUGGAGAGUGCCAUGACUUUCCUUUUUUUA